AUGUCCUCCCGCCUGCGGCUGCCGAUCGGUGGGUGCCGGGAAAGCGCCGGGAACCGACCCCACACCCAGCCCAACCUCCCGGUGAUCCCGGCCCGGGGAUUUUGCAAUUCCUUUCCGGGCCGACUUUCCCGGAGGCGGCUGGACUACGUGAACCAUGCCAGGAGGCUGGCAGAGGACGACUGGGCAGGGGUGGAGAGCGAGGGCGAGGAGAAGGAGGGGGAAGAUGCGGAGGAAGAGGAGAUGGAGGUGGAUGCUGGCAAGAAGCUGCCCAAGCGGUAUGCCAAUCAGCUGAUGCUGUCUGAAUGGCUGGUCGAUGUCCCCUGGGAUCUGGAGCAGGAGUGGGUUGUAGUGGUGUGUCCCGUUGGGAAAAGGGCGCUAGUCGUGGCAUCCAGGGGCACAACAGCAGCUUACACCAAGAGUGGCUUUUGCGUCAACAGGUUCCCAUCCCUGCUGCCGGGGGGGAACCGGCACAAUUCAAUGAAUGAGAAAGUGUACUGCAUCUUGGACUGCAUCUACAACGAGGCAAAGCAGACGUACUAUAUCCUCGAUGUGAUGUGCUGGAGAGGACACCCUGUUUACGACUGCCAGACCGACUUCAGAUUCUUCUGGCUUUUCUCAAAGAUCCAAGAGGAGGAAGGGCUGGCAGAGAAAAGCAGGAUUAAUCCAUACAAAUUUGUGGGCCUGCAGAACUUCCCCUGCUCCUCGGACAGCCUGUGUAAGGUGCUGGCUAUGGACUUCCCCUUCGAGGUUGAUGGACUUCUCUUCUAUCACAAGCAAACCCACUACACCCCGGGCAGCACCCCGCUGGUGGGCUGGCUCCGGCCCUACAUGGUACCCGAAAUCCUCGGGCUCGCCGUGCCCGCCACUGCGCUCACUGCCAAACCAGACUAUGCUGGGCGUCAGCUCCAGCAGAUCAUUGAGAGCAAGAAGAGUAAAAAGCUGGCAGCGGAAAAGGGUCACCCGAGCAGUGCAGCGGCUGUGAGGAACGGACAUUACGAGCUGGAACACUUGUCUACCCCUCAGCCAGCAAACUCUCCGGAGGGCCAGGAUGAAGCAGCGAGCCAGAUGGAGAAUUAG